AACCAGCGUGCUUUUAGAGUGGGCACUCUGGGGGCGGAGCAUGCUCGGUUGGAUAGCUGGGAGAAAACGCCGAGGCAACAGUCCGGGGACCUCCGCGCUUGCAUCUAGUCCGUGUCCAAACGCUUUUUUCCCCAAAUGGCAACGACGGCAGAGGACCAGCGGGAACCGGCGGACGCCACUGCACUGCCAACACACCACGGCUGCCACCACCACAACAGCAACAACAAUAACAACAACAACAAUAACAACAAAGACAGCGAGGCGGGAGAGAGCGCGACCUCUGCCACCAGCUCGACAGAAUCCGGCGGGACGGCGUCGCAGAGCAUCGGUAACGGCUCGGUUAUCAACCCUAGGGGGAACAACGGGAAGUGGGUUCGGCUCAACGUUGGCGGCACGGUGUUCCUCACGACGCGGCAGACGCUCCUCAAGGAGCAAACUUCGUUCCUGUACCGGCUGUGCCAGCAGCAGGACCUGCACUCGGACACGGAUGAGACUGGAGCUUAUGUAAUUGAUAGGGAUCCCACCUACUUUGGCCCCAUCCUCAACUACUUGCGGCACGGCAAACUGGUCUACAACAAGGAGCUCGCUGAAGAAGGUGUCCUGGAGGAGGCCGAGUUUUACAACAUCACCCCGCUCAUCAAACUGAUUAAAGAGAGGAUCGUAGAGAGAGACUCCAAAGCCACACAGGUGCCCCCCAAGCAUGUCUACCGAGUUUUGCAGUGCCAGGAGGAGGAGCUGACCCAGAUGGUCUCCACGAUGUCGGACGGCUGGAAGUUUGAGCAGAUGGUGAACAUCGGCUCGUCGUACAGCUAUGGAACAGAGGACCAGGCUGAAUUCCUGUGCGUCGUAUCGAAGGAGCUCCACACGGCCGGAUCUGGGCUAGGAACAGAGCAGAGUCACAAAACCAAGCCCGCAGAGAUGCAGGAGGAGGAAGCGGCGAAGGAGGAGGAGGAGGAGGAGGAAGAGGGGGGGAGAGAUACCACACCAAAUGAGUGGCUUAGAGAAUGAGGGAGUCAUGUUUCUUUGUUCCAAAGAGAUGCCUGACUGGCUUUUUCAGAUCCACGGGUCCCGGAUGUAGAAAUCACGAGAAUUUAUUUUUCCUAUGCUUGUCAUGUUCUGUACAUGGCAUUUGUGUGUUUUUGUCCGUGGACAGUCAUCACAAUACGUAGCAUUGUUGCCACUUCAUUGACAAAAUGCUAGUUAGCAUUAGCAAACGUCCAAAAAUGUCUAAUAUCACUGUUAACGCAAUGGAGCAAUACCAUCUUAAAAAAAAGAAAAAAGUGAAAUCAUGCUCAUGUGUUGGUGUGUGCAAAUGUUAUAUUGCCAAGGGCAGUAGUGCAGCUUAGUAAAUCAUGACCAAAGAGCCAUAUUAGAUCUGGCUGAACCAAGGUGCUGAUUCUUAAUAUGACAGGAGAGAAUUGGCCUCGUCUUGGUUAACCUGUGAGGACCUGUCCCAUCUGUGCUGCACAGGAUUUGCGUCAUUAUAUUUCCUAAUGAAGCAGCUAUCCCAGUGAUUUACGCAAUCGUUGCCCAGUCUUUGACCACCGACUCUGCUGAAGUCCUGACAGUAUUUCAUAGUUGGGUACGAGGUUUUCUCAUGACAAAAAAAUUACCUUGUUUGUGAAGAAAACCCGCCAGCAGCUGCUGGACCCCACAGAGCAAAAGUGUGUUAAAUCAACCUUAUUUAGAGAUGACUUCAAGCGUACUCAAGUAAUUAAAUCUUCACAAGCUCAACUCAAAGUCCUCGAAUUUGUUGCUCUCAGUCAUUCAGGAAAGUGUGUGUUUAUGCGUUAGCAUAGCCACUUCUUAGUUUGGACUGUGUACCUGAAGUAGGUCAAAAAAAUUUGCUUGUGGGGACAAUUUUACACUUUCUGGACAUUACAAAGGUGCACACGCUGCACUGGUGAAAACACAAACUGCUCUACUUUGUCGCCCACAGACACACACACACACACACAUGUGCGCAUACACAUAUAUCCCUUGUUUGUGCUGAUGCAUACCUGCAUCACCUUGCACAACAGCAGUGUUGCCUCGGUCUGUUGCCAUGGCUGGGAUCCAGUUCCUGCUUUGGCCUCAACAGACUUAGAGACGUUGGUGUAGUCAGGAAAGGCUUAAAAAGCAGGCAUGGAGGAGGAAGAGGACAAGGAUGAGUCUGGUGUACCACAGCUUUGUAAUAUUAGUGAUCAUAUCCUGUUUUUGUUCCAAUAAAGGCCUCACAGCAGGCUGAUCACAACAUCACUGAAAAUAAAAUGUCAAAAAAAAAAAGCCACGUGACUUUUAACAACCUCUGCUGUGAACAUGCAAGACAUGCUACACCACAGAUCACAUUUGAACUCAUGCACAAGACUGUGGCCAUUGUCCUUAUAGCUCUAGGCAUCACUCAGCAAAUACACCACUCACAUUUGGUGUUGAUUAAACUUCAGGAGGUGCACUUAGUGAAUGUUAGGGUGAAACCAAAAGGGUUAUACAUGAGUUAUAAAACAGCAGGUUUUUAAAGCAUUUAGAUAAGAAUUUAGAGUAGGUCUGCUGUAGUCCAACAUCAUGCUGUAGCUUAUAAGAAAACCCUUUAUAGAACAGAUGCUAACAUUAAAAUGCAACUCAGCACUUCUUGGAUGCAUAAAUAAGUACAUUUGUGGAGUAAGUGAUGUAAGUUAUUGGUCUGUUUUCAGCCUCAAAUUAAGAUUUGGUGCGCUUCUCAGAUUUAACACAAGCCCAGAGGGAUUAUUUCUGCCUCUGAGACUACAGCAGCCGUGUUAAGCAUCGUCUGCCUGCAGCUUUAGUCUCACCUCCUGCUGUUUAGCUCCUGCAGCACACCUACUGACCAGCAACACACAGCCAACAAGUGUGCAGGGGUCACAAAUUUGAGACAAUCGAGAAAUAAGAUCGUGGUCGGUAACCUAUUUUUUUUUUUUCUCCCUCUCUCUCUCCUAACAUUUUUGAUAAUAAAAUCAAUUUAAAAUAAAAAAUAAAUAGGAUGUAAAUACAAUAUUCCAUGUUUGUUUUCCAUUUAUAGCACUGAACAGAAAACAUAUCCUCAACCUGUGGGAUCCUCCCGAUCCCUAAUUAGGAGGAUUAGCAGAACACUGUAAAUGUUAAAUGUGUAGUUAGCCUGCAGUUACUGUGUACGAUACUCAUAACAGUGAUAUUGACAGAACAGAGAAGACCAAAAGAUUUUAUUUCUUCAGCUUUUUUUUUUUUCUCUUCUCUUUGUGGCUUUUAACUCGGAUCAUUCAGUGCCUUGAGUUCAAGCAGCAAAACAGACAUGUCAGCAUGAUCGUAGCUGUUAUUCCAUGCGUUUUUAAGUGGCUGCUUUUAAUAUUUUACAGUAGAUGGUUUACAAUCUCACUUUUUGUUUUUACUGUAAAUGUCUGCUCGUGCAUUUACUGAGGUGUUCCUGUAGAGAUAAAGAGUAAGUGUGCACACCAAACAGCUGCAUGCAUGAGGUGAAGCCGGUUUAAGAUGUUUUGUAUAAAAAGCACCACCUUUUUUUUUUAAUUGUUUUGUAAGUUUUGAUGUCUAAUUUAUUCUUAGACUUUCUUUACAUUGUAAGAAGAAUUUGGGCGUUUGUUUUUAGAUGUGUGGGAAGGGGGGGGGGGGGUUACUUUUGUUUGUUUCUACUUGAAGAAUAGCGUUUCUGUUUGACUGUCCUGACGAUCUCAAACAGCACAUACUGUAUAAUCAGCAGGUUUACUGAAUCCAAGUUUUUUGUCUUGGUUCACUUAAAUGUAUAAACCUCCAUCUGCAUGUCCUGAUACAGUACCUUGUUUGUUUUUUGCUUGAUCCUCACUUCAUUUUUGCUGUACGAUUAGUAUGUAAUGUGUAAAA